UGCAGUAAAUGUUUCAUUUAUAGUUUUAUAUUUUGUAAUAUUGUUAUUGUGUGAUAUCUUAUUGGACUUGUACACUGUGGACUACAUCCCUCUGUGCUGCUGUGUGUAUUUUGAAUUUUCUUCACAGAAUUAGACGAAAUGCUGAGAUGUCGGUCUACUGUGUAUAUUUUUUAUUUUUUAUUAUUUAUAGUUUGUGGCUUUGAAACAAUUCAUUCAUUUAUGCUUCUAAUAGUAUGUUGCUCCAGGACACUUCGACAUGCAGCGGGAGGAGCCGGGGAUCGAACCCGCAACCUCUCGCUCUUCCUCUGAGAGACCGCCGCAAAGACAGCCGAUCUCCGGGAGGGGCCAGGACAGGUGGAGAGGGGGCAAUGUUGUAAAACUAGGAAAUGAACCCUCUCUUCCACGCCCCCCUCUGUAUCCGGAGUAUUUUCGGGAGAUGGGUGGGGCAGGUCUCACAAUCUGCUCCAGGAUCAGCUCUUUGUUCAGACGCUGCCAUGAUGUCUCCUCAUUGGAAACUAGUGACUGCAGACGCUCACAAUGAAACUUUAUGAAAAGUAAAGUUUUUAUAAAUCUUCUAUAAAAGAUUAAGGACACACUGACACAUCGAUGCAGUGAUGAAGAGGAGCGCUGGACCGAUGCUGAUCAUUCUUUCUCUACUAACGGACGCAGUCUCAGCAAACUCACAGUUGAUUUGUUCACAUCAACCAAUCACAGCCCUGGCUGGUGAUGAUGUCAUUCUACCAUGUCACCUUGAACCUCCCAUCAGUGUUUCUGAUGAGACAGUGGUGUGGACCAGACCUGAUUUAGACCCAAAGUACAUCCAUGUUCACCAGGAUGGAAGAUUUAUGUUUGAAAAUCAAAAUCCAUCUUAUAAUUUCCGGACAAGAGUGUUUGUGGAUGAACUGAUGACAGGAAACGUCUCCAUGAAAAUCUUCAAAGUGAAAGUUUCUGAUACAGGAAGAUACCAAUGUGCCCUUCCCUCAUUACAGAAGGAAGCUUCCAUCCAGCUCAUUGUUGGAGAGUCUGAUGUGAUUGGCUCAGACAAACCAGUUACAGUAACAGUCGGUGAUAACGCCAUCCUGCCAUGUCACCUGGAGCCUCCAUUCAAUGUGAGGACUCUAACGGUGGAGUGGACACAUGAUGGAGAAUAUGUGCACGUCAGUCGACAUGGGAAGGACUAUCUAACUGAUCAGGAUGAGAACUUCAGAAAUAGAACAUCUGUCUUCUAUGAAGAAAUGAUCAGAGGAAACAUUUCACUAAAACUGACCAACGUAACUGAACUGGAUGCUGGAAGUUACACCUGCAAUGUUCCCAAACUGCAAAGUCAGGUCAGGAGAGGCUUCAUUAACCUCACUGUUGAGCCAAUGGGAGGUCAGACUGGUGAUAUCAGUCGUAGCACUGGUAUUAGCACUGGUGCUAUAACUGGCAUUGCUCUUGGUGUCAUUGCUGUCAUUGCCAUUGUUGCAGUUGCUGUAUCGAAGAAUCGUAGAAAGAUCACGACGGACUGUGCAACACGCAACACGACAGGACGAAACGGGCAGAACAGGGAAGGUAGUCAGGAGGACAAUGCUGAGGACAAUACAGAGGACAAUACAGAGGACAAUGCUGAAGACAAUGUAGAGGACAAUGAUGCAGACAAUGCAGAGGACAGUGAUGGGGACAGUGAUGGGGGUAAUGGUGAGAAUAUAGGUAUGCUCAACUUAAGAAAUGUCAGCUAGUAAGAAAAAAUAGCUGUUCUGAAGGCUGCAUGACAGAGCAGGUGACUUGGCCAGAUCCAGCCACUAGGGGCGCUAUCGCGCUCAAUCGGGCCGAGUGCUGCUGCUUGUGAGGGAGAGGAGUAGAGACUGACGACGGUGAGACGUGUGUAUGGCGGGCAGUAGAAGUUGUGUUUGCUACUUUGUAUCAGUUGAUCUGCCGUUUGUGGUUCAGUGUGCGUCCAGAGAAACUUAAGUUAUGUUGUUUAUUUGCUGGAUGUAAUGUCAUUGUUGUAUAUUUUAUCAGUUUAUAUGUCUGCUGGUUGAGAUUAUAUCUGGUUCUACAAUGCAUAUUUCUACUAGUGUUAACUCUUACCUCUGAUGGUGUAAAUGGUAAUUUAUGUUAUAUUUAUUCCACUGACCAUUUCCUUUGUUGUCAGUUAAUAUGGGAUAUAUCAUAUAAUGUAUAUUCCUUCUUUAUAUGAUGUUCAUAUAAUUUCAUGCUAAGGAUGAUUAUAUUAUUAUUUAAUUUGUGUGCUAUAGUUAAGCACAUUGUGACCUGUUAUUGAUGGCUGUUAUUGUUUUGGGUUAUUCCAGAACCACACUGGAUUAAAGCGCCAUAAAUGGAUUGAUUGUCUCCUUCCUAAUUUGUAUCUAAGUCUUGGGGGAACUUUAGGUCCGUUCUAGCAGACGCACACUUCGCGAUUACGAAUCAGAGAAGCCAGUCUACUAUCUUUGAGCCUCCGCCACAAUAGCUUUUGUUCCAUCCACAUUUUAUCAGGUGUUUUAUGAGCUAUAAUAAUAAUACUAAUAAUAAUAUUAUAAUUAUUAUUAAUAAUAAUAAUGAUAAAGAUAAUGGCAGUGAUAAUAAUAGUAAUACUAGUAUUUUUUAUUUAUUUUAUUUAUUUAUUAUUAUUAUUGUUUUGUGCGGUUUUGUUUUGGUGUUUUUGCGUCACGUUAUCUUGUUUUACUGCCCUUGAAGAACUCUAGAAUCCGUUUACUGUAUAUAAAAUGUUUUUAUUAUAGAACCUUGUCAUUUGGUCCAAUAUUCACAACCAACAUUACAAUUUGAUUGAAUUAGUAUUAAGUAAUUGUGUUUUUUUGUGCAGUUAGCAAUGUUUGAAGUAGCAAAUACAGACAGUACAACCAUUUCAUCCAGAACUUCUUUCUAUGUGAAUGUUGAUUCUUGAUUAAAAUGCAGCUGCAGGGAAUUGUUCAGAAGUUCUUCCUGAUGUGUUGAUUAAAUUUGACCAGAAGGGACAAUAAAAAGCACUUAAAGACUGUUAUUAUUUUAAGGUCACUACAUAUAUAUUUUUUAUAUUUGGGUUUUAUAUGCAUAUUUUUUUAUUUUUUUAUGACUGUGCUGCUUUUUUGUGUGUUUUGCUUCAUUUUAUCUUGUCUUGCUGCCUUGUGAUGAUUGUAUUUUAAAACACAUUGUACUACUAGAACUCAUUUGAUAUAAAAUGUUUUUAACUUGUACCUGACAUUUUGUUCUUAUUUGGUCUGAUAUUUUGGGGAAGUGCAGAAUCUUUAAGUUUAUUGCAGCUGACCAAUUAAUGUUCUACAACACUGAACUGAAAGAAGAAAAUCAAAGUCAGUCUGAGUUUGUUAGAACUUCAUUGUGUAUAACUCUCAGUAAUUAAUAGUAGAAUAUUUAAAGGAUAUUAAUGUUCAUUUCUCAAUGCACAAACAGAAUGAUGCUACCUGAACAACAUGAAGCUGCAAUAGUUCAAUGUAUUACUGUAUGUGAGAGUGUACCACUGUAGCUCCAACCUUUACUUAUACUGUCUCUUACUUUAAACCAAAACACCAAUGCAAUGGAUUUUUCUCUAUUACAUUUUUUAAUGGGCGUGUACUUCUGAUGGUAUAGCGCCAUAUCCUCCUUCACUGCCAUCAGCAAAGUGGAGCAACUGAGUGCGUACAGGUGGUCCAAAGUCCUGUGGUUUCAAGCAGCUGCAGUCAACCAGUUGAUCCACUGCUGCCAUAUGACUGAAUGUCUUGAUCCCAGCCACAGUUCUUUCAAUGAGUUUGCUUCCGGUCUUUGCUGUCCAUGUGGAAGUUGAAGGUGUCUCUCUCCACAUGCUUUUGGAGCCCUAAAGCUCUUUCCCCUGUGAUCAGCUUUAAUAGCAGGCUAGGUGAGAACAUUUUCCAGAUAAGCUGCUGUGAUCUUUGUUUCUCUUGUAGGAGAGCGUUGGCUGUUUCAAAGCCUCUCUCUCUCUCUCUCUCUCUCUGCUGGCUUGUAUUUAGUUGUCGAAUGAACAUUUCAGAUAUUUCACUUUGCCUUUGUACAAUCUGUAGCGUGGAACUGUCACCAACUGCAUGUGCAACCAGUUAUUUUUGCUCUUGUGAAAGGUUUUAUUUUCCAUUCAUGUUGUGGAGUUUUUCAUCUUCAUCUUUCUUGGCCUCUGCUUUCUACUGUAAUGUAUGUGAGUGAAUUACUGAUUGAUCAUUUGACCUGAACAGAAAUCACACUGAUGAUGAUGAUGAUGAUGAACAUGGGAUGGGCAUUGAAGUCAAACUUCUUCUCAUGAUAUGUCUCAAGCACAAAUUGUCUAAUUUUGCUGCUUUUGUGUUUUCAUUAAUAUUUGAAUGUCUUUGUUUACUGAAUUUGGAGCAGAUGAUGUCGGUAAAAACUCUGAGUUCAAAAACAAUGAGCUUCAAAGUUGUUUGUGUAUAAGCAGCCACAUUUGCAUAUUAUUUUUACUAUUUGUGGGAUAGAAAUUCUCAUUGUAAAAUAAAAGUGCUGUUUGAUUGUG